AUGCCAUGCUACGAAGUCCUAUCCGCUUCAGAUACUGCGGGGGACGGGGUCGAGGAAAAAGAGGUUUUAUGCGAUAAACCAUGCCAGGCGCUCCGAGCCUGUGGUCGGCACCAAUGCCGCAGGGUAUGUUGCCCGCUUGCGUCGCUGGCGAUGACCACGGGAAAGAAGGGCAAGCGGCGUAUGAUGGAAGAUGCGCAUGCGCAGGGUAUCGGCGAGGAGCAGGGUGGAUGGCACGAGUGCGAUCUUGUAUGUGGCAAGAUGCUCUCGUGUGGGAACCACAAGUGCGAGCAGAGGGACCACAGGGGCGUUUGUCGACCGUGUCUUCGGAGCUCGUUUGAAGAGCUCAUUUGCUUUUGCGGACGAACUGUCUACGAACCACCGAUUCCUUGUGGAACAAAGAUACAAUGUCACUAUCCCUGUCCUCGAUCCGCGCCUCCGUGUGGCCACCCCGCCACCCCGCAUUCAUGUCACGACGACACCGUCUCGUGUCCUCCGUGCCCCUAUCUGGCCGACAAGACAUGCGCAUGCGGGAAGAAGGUUGUCUCGAAUGUACGCUGCUCGCUCGAGACCGAGAAAGUUUCCUGCGGCACAGUGUGUGGAAAGUUAAUGGCGUGCGGAUUCCACCAUUGCGAACGACUUUGCCACGGCGAUGAGUGCGGGGCGUGUACCGCGCAGUGCGGCAAGUCUCGUAAAUCUUGCCUGCCCAAUCAUCACCCUUGUACCCGACCCUGCCACGCACCCGCGACAUGUCCCGAAACUGAACCUUGCCAAUCUAUCAUCACCCUCACCUGUUCCUGUGGGCGCAUACGGCAAGCCGUCCAAUGUGGACGUACCGCGACAUCUUCAUCCUCUUCCUCGUCCUCUGCUGCACCCAAGUGCACUAGUGAAUGUCAGAUCGCGAAACGGAAUGCGCGGUUGGCUGAUGCGCUGGGAAUUAAUAUGGAUGGCAGGGAUAAGCCGGGGACUGCGGCGACCUAUGCAGAUGAUGUGGUUGCAUUUGCAAGAGCGAAUAUGAAGUUUCUGCCCAUUGUUGAAAGGGCAUUUGCAGACUUCGUGACCUCCGAGAAAAAGACACAGGUUCUCCCACACAUGCCCCCUGACAGGCGCAAAUUUGUUCAUGAUCUUGCGGCUGUUUACAGGAUGGACACACAGAUGGUGGACCAAGAGCCGCAUCGAAGUGUCCAACUCCUCCGACGCGUCGACACGCGCAUCCCAUCUCCCGUCCUUUCGCAAUACAUCUCCUCGCACGCACCACCUCCGAGCCUCGGCAAGCUCGCUGACUUUAGAAGUCUCAAGACGGCCUCCGCAACACCCUCCAAUGCCUCUUCAGCUGCUGCGGCAGCGGCAGCGGCGUCGUGGCGAUCAAAUGCAACGCCUAAGCCUGCAACACCGCCAAGCACGCAUCGCGGAUGGACGUCUGUAGUCUCGAAGCCGGCUGGCGCGGGCGCGGGAGGUGCACCAGCAGCGGCGUCUACCAGCGGUUGGGGUGCGCAGGUCGCUAAUCCUCGUCCGACCGCUUCGCUAGUUGGCACGACCACGAGUGCACCACAGUCGAAGUCAGGUACACCUCGUGCUGUGUCUCCUGCUGUCGCUUCAGGUGCUGGUUCGGGUACGAAUGCAAAUGAACCGGUGCCGGAUGAUUGGGAGGACGACGCUUAG